UUUUGGCUUUUCUUGGGGCGGUUCUCCUGGCAACAGUCUCGGAAGCGCUGUUUCGGGGCUGAGGUGACGGGACCGAGGAGGCGCGAGAGGAGGCGCCGUCUCCCCUGCACAGGGCGGGUCUGAGGCUCGGCGACGCCACCCGGGGGACCCGCGCCAGGGCCGGGACAGGGACCGCUGUCCCCGGGUCCCCGCCGCUCCCGUCCCUGCUCCGCCCCCGGAGUCCGAUGGCGGCGGCCGCGCGGAGGGAGCCGGCUCAGGGCUGUGUGACCUUUGAAGAUGUGGCCAUUUACUUCUCCCAGGAGGAGUGGAGGCUCCUUGAUGAGUCACAGAGGUUCCUGUACCAUGAUGUGAUGCUGGAGAACUUUGCACUUACAACAUCCCUGGAUUGUUGGUGUGGAGCAAAGGAUGAGGAGGUGCUUUCUGAGGAAAAUAUUUCUGUACAAGGAGUGUCACAGGUCAGGACUUCUAAGGCAGGUUCAUUGGCUCAGAUGACUCACCCCUGUGAAAAGUGUGUCCCAGUGUUGAAAGACAUUUUGCACCUCACUGAGCUCCAAACAACAUAUCCUGGGCAGAAACCAUACUUGGAUGGGGCAUCCAGAGGUUUCUGGAUCCGUGCAAACUUUCACCAAAACCAAAAACAUGACAGUGGAGAGAAAAUCUUCAAAAUGGGCAUGGACCUCGCCUCGUUUGUGACGAGCUGCAGAUUCCAUGUGUCGGGGAAGCCCUUCACCUCUGGGGUGGGUGGAAAGGACUUUCUACCUACCUCAGGCCUUCUCGAACACCAGGACACUCCCAACAGUGAGAAGCCACAUAGUAGCAUUGAAUGUAGGGAGCCCAUUAACAGUGGAAAAAGUCAUGACAAGUGGAUUGAAUGCAGGGAAGUUUUCAGCAACACAGACACACUUCAUCACCACAGAGUCUGCACUGGAAAAGGUCUUAAUAAGUGUAGCAAAUGUGGGAAAGCCUUCAGCUGCAAAUACAGACUUGUUCAGCACCAGCAAAUUCAUAUUAGAGAACGGCCUUAUGAGUGUGCUGAAUGUGGGAAAUUGUUUAGCCGCAAAACCCACCUCAUUCGACACUGGAGAGUUCACACUGGAGCAAAACCUUAUGAAUGCAUUGAAUGUGGGAGAUCUUUUAGCCAGAAAUCUGACCUCAUUCAACACCAAAGAGUUCACACUGGAGAAAGACCUUAUGAGUGCAGUGAAUGUGGGAAAUCCUUUAUCCAGAAGUCCAUCCUCAUUAAACACCAGAGAGUUCACACUAAUGAAAGACCUUAUAAAUGCAGUGACUGUGGGAAAUCAUUUAGCCAAAGUUCUGGCCUCCUUCGACACAAGAGAGCUCACACGAGAACAAGGCCAUAUGAAUGCACUGAAUGUGGGAAAUCGUUUAGCUGUAAAACUCACCUCAUUCGACACUGGAGAGUUCACACUGGAAUAAGACCUUAUGAGUGCAUUGAGUGUGGGAAAUCUUUUAGUGAGAAAUCUGUCCUCAUUCAACACCAAAGAGUUCACACUGGAGAAAGGCCUUAUGAGUGUGCUGAAUGUGGGAAAUACUUUAGCCAGAAAUCUGUCCUCAUUCAACACCAAAGAGUUCACACUGGAGAAAGGCCUUAUGAGUGCAGUGAAUGUGGGAAAUCCUUUAGCCGCAAAACCCACCUCAUCCGACACCGGACAGUUCACACUGGAGCAAGGCCUUAUGAGUGCAAUGAAUGUGGGAAAUCCUUUAGCCAGAGCUCUGGUCUCCUUCGACAUAGGAGAGCUCACAUGGAGUGAUGUGAGAAAUCAUUCACUUGCAAGUCUGAUCUCAGCCAACACCAAAGAGUUCACUCUGGAGAAAAGCCUCAGGUAAAUGUGCUCUUUGCUUAGUUAGAAGAACAGUGUUGGAGGAAAGGCUCUGUGAGGAGCCACCUGCCUGAAUUGAAUCUCAUAUAUCCAGACAUCCACAGACUAGAGAUUUCCCAUAAGUUCAGUUAUGUGGAAAGCAUGUGUACCCUGCCCAGGGUUUGUGUUAGAUUUAUGUCAUUGCCAGUUUCUUUGACAGAAGCCAUUUCACCUCUACCACCUGGCAGGUCCACAGUGUGUGCAUCAGUUACCACCCUACUAUGCUCAGUGAAGCUGACAUGUUUUCUCUCCCAUUUGUUGGAGGAAAUCAUGAGUAUCCUAGCCCUUAUGGGGUCUUCAUUCCCUAUUCUAUGACAAGUUAGGGUGUGGACCUGACUCUGUGUUGUCCCAGAGAACACUAUCUGAGUUCUGCUGACGGCUUGCAGAGAAAGUCUAGCUUUCUUAGGGACACAGUUGGUCUCAGGUAGUGCUUGUGAUGAAGUUUUCUGGCUUCUAAUCCACCAAGCCAGAAAAUGCCUGUUGCACAUUGAUCUGGUUUGUACAGUAAUAAAGCCUUUUUUUUUUUUUUUUAAGCUCCUUCCAACUUGAAGGGUAAACAACUUUUGUGAGGAUCCAAACUUGGGGUGCCUCAGGUGGGACAGUAUGAUGGUUGAAUAUGGUGCUUUCCAGUUUUGGCCUACUUUGCGUUGCUGCCAAGGCUUUCUAGGAAAGACUGCUUUGUGGUCCUAAUUUUAUACCUGAAUGCCAGAGAUCUGUGAGUUCAGAGGUCACACUGAGGAAGGGGCAUUUGUGACACCUCUAGUGCUUCUAGAGUCAACAUGUAUUUUUGCCUUGCUCACAGGGGAUAGCACAUAAUGCCCAGGACUGCCGAGGGGAAUCUUAACCCCAGGUCCUACAGAGGAGCCAUAUGUCCUCAUCCAGAAUUCAGUAGGCUGGUGUCACUAGUUGUAAGACUACAGGGGCAGGGGAGACAGUAACUGGUACAGAAACACUGGAUUAAUAGAGAGUGGAGGAGACUGCAGUAAACUAGAUGGAAUGUGCCUCUGCUAAAGAUGCAUCCACAAUUGUUCUAAUGACAAUGACUGUGCAAUGAGUAUAUACAGAAAUCAUGGAACCUCCAGGUAUGUUUAUCUGCGUAGCUGAACUCAUUGGCAGAAAAAAUAUUUUGUGGAUUCCUCUAGCCUCUCUGAGCCGCUUACCUCAAGGUCAUUGCUAUAUAGACAACAGAAGAAUGGGGAGAAGGGAGAUCCUAUAGUCCAGGGAUGUGGCUAUUGUGAUACAGCCAGGGAUCCUUUUGACUCAGGUGGAAAUGGUCUUCAUUGUUUGCCAGUAUUUCCUGCCACUGAGGAAAGGCUGUCCUUCAAGGCAUGAGGAGUGAGAUAGUGGAGUCAAUACAGAGUUGUCAAACCUGAUUUUCUAAAGACUGGAAGAUUUAGAUUUCCACUCUAUGGAAAAUCAAAAUCUAAAAUAGGAACCACAUUUUAAAGCUGUAUUAAGGUAUAGUAGACAUAGAAUAAAUUGUACAUAUUUAAAGUGUACAAUUUGGUAAGUUUUGACUUUUGUGUAAACUCAUGAAACUGUCAUCAUUAUCUUGAUAGCGAGCAUAUCUGUCACCUGCAUAUUUUCCUCAUGCCCUUUUAUACUCUCUCCCUGUUCUGCCUGGCCCUCCAGGCAACCACUGAUUUCCAUUCCUCUACAAUAGAUUGCAUUUUCUGGAAUUUUAUGAUUGAUUGUAAAGUGUUUACUCUUUUUUUCUGGUUUCAUCGAUGCUGCAUAAUUACUUUGAGAUUCAUUAAUGGUGCUUAUAUGCACAUUUCAUUCUUGUUUCUAACUAGCGUUUUUUCCAUGUAUAAUUGACUAUGUCUAUCCAUUCACCUGCUUAUGGAUAUUUGGGUUAUUUCUAGUAUUUAGCAAUUGCAAAUAAAAGCUGAUAUGAGCAUUUGUUUACUCUCCUUUUUAUACGUACAUGUUUCGUUUUCUUGUAUUAAUAACUCAGAGUACAAUGCCAGAGUCUUGGGGUAGGUGAAUAUUUAACUUUUUACAAAAUUGCCAAACUGUGACCUAAAAUGGUUGUGUUUUUUUGCAUUCCCACUGGCAGUGUGUGAGAGUUCCAAUUCCUUCACACCCUUGUCAAUACUUGGUAAGGUCAUUUUCUAAUUUUACUGUUUUAAAGUAAGUGUGUAGUGGUGUGUCACUGGCUUUAAUUGCAUUUCUGUAAGGAUUUAUUGUGUUGAUCAUUAUUUUGUGUGUUUGCUACCUGCAUAUCUUCUUUAGUAAAAUGCCUAUUCUUAUCUUUGGCCUAUUUUCUAUCUUAAUGAAUUUUGCCUGUGUGCCUUUUAGUAACAAAUAAGACAGUGAGACAACAAAGACAUAUGUUGGAAUUUUACUCAUUCUUAAUGAAUGUCAGUGACUUCUUUGCUGCGUGGAGUAAUUGUUUUUGAAUACUAGAGGAAUAUUUUGUCAGUUUUUCCUAAUUUUUUUUUUUCAGUAUGCACAAUGUCAUGGCCACCUGUACAAAACACUAAGUUACAUCAGCAUUAUUGACAUACUCUUUAUCACUCUUCUAAGUGUAGACAUUCAGUAUAUUGUAUUUAACAAUACCAUAAAUCAAGCCGUAGUUUGUAGUGUUUGCCAAUUUUCUUGGUGUAAAUACUCCCCACCUUGGCCAGUUUUAAACUGCCAACAUGAUGUCACUGAACAUGGAGUUGGAGAGAGUUGCCGGUAGCACACCAUUUUAUUUCCACCAUACUGAUCCAGUAGCCACAAACAACCUCAAGAAUAACAAAACAGAGUAAAAUGAUUAGGGAGUGACAAUGUUUAUUUUUAACUUAAACAGUUUAAUUGAUGUAUAAUUCACCUAAAUGCACAUAUUUAAAGUAUAUUUUGAUAUUGUGAUACAAAAAAAAGUUUCCUCAUGCCCUUUUUAAAUUCAUCCUUCUCAAUAUAUAAAAGUACUGAUACAAUGAUAGUCUUCUUUUUGUAAUGACUAUUUUCAAAUAUAUCCAAAAGUGGAAAAGACUGAUGAAUCCCCAAUCUUCCAUCAUUAUGAUCAUUCUUGUUUCAUUUCUCCUCAUGCUCAUUAGUGAGUUGUUUUACUUAUAAACCCAGACAUCAUGUCAUUUAAUGCAUAACUUCUUGAGAAUGCUUUUCUAAAAUGUAAGAGCUUUUUCAUAAUGCCAAUAACUGUCUCACAAAAUAAAAAUAUUUUAAAAUACGAUAAAUGUGUUGUUAGUG